AAAAAAGGCGAAAAAGCGGAAAAAAAUUUCACAAGGUAAUGACAAGUGUCAUUAAAAGAUUUGCUUUCAGUAUAGGUUAAUAGAUAGAUAGAUUACAUUAAAAACAAAUUAUAAAUUUGUUAAAAAAAUUUUUAAGAAAAAAAUUUGCUAAAAUUUUAAAUACUAGUAAAAGCACCACUCGUAACAAAUUAACCCAAAAUUAAAAUCACCUGAUCCAAAAAUAAUCCAGCCGACAUCAUAACAAGUCCAAAUGAAAAACUCCUUAUCCGAAUCAAAAUCGAAAUUGAAAAUUUCAAUCCGACCCCGGAAAGGCCAAAACUCCAUAACUAAUUUACCUCCUCUACAAUUCUUCUUCUUCCAACCUUUUAGUAUUUGUACUUUUUCCUUCCAUAUUUAAUAAUUAUAAUUUAAAAAAAAAAAAACAGCAUGAAAGACAAAAUCAAACAAAUCAAUCAUCAAAGUGCUGUAAAAUCUGAUGAGAUCUGAUUGAAAUUUCUCUCUCACAUCAAAUAAUCAAUCAAUUUUUAAAAAUUUCUGGCAUAAUUAACUUUGAAUCUCCCUCCUUCCUCAACUCUUCCAUCAUCAUCUCUCUCUUCCCUAAAUUCAGCACGUCUUCUUCACGACCCCUUCAUUUUUUUACAAAGUCCGAUUUUUUGAAUUUAAUCCCAUUGAAAUUGUAUUAAACUAAAUUAAUUUGUCUCUUGGUAAUGCUUAAUCUCCAAUUUAUCAUCUCAAUUUUCUUCCUUUUGUUCAAUUUCAUUAUCACGACUAUUCAAAGGACAAUUUAGCUUUCACAAUUUACCCUUUAAAAUGGCGGCAAAAUUCGGAUCAUUGAGGCAGAGUUUCAUGGAGAGAAGUAAAGAGAGAUUGCUCUCUCGAAAAGGGUAUAAUGAAUUCGGAUUUUCGACUUCGGAUGCAGAAACUGACCUAAACGAUUCUGGGUGUUUCCGAUCAAUUUGUAAUCGGGCCAAAAUCGGGUUUUAUCGAUGUGUUUGUGAUGGGUUUUCGGGUUGUGUUAAUGGGUUCAAAGAUUUCUGGGUUAAUUUAUAUGAAAUGGGAAGAUCAGACCCUCGAAAAGUCUUCUUCUCGGCGAAAAUGGGUUUGUGUUUGGUUUUGGUUUCUUUGCUCAUUUUUUUGACGGGACCUUUAAAGGAUGUUAGUCAAUAUGCAAUUUGGGCGAUUUUAACCGUUGUCGUUUGUUUCGAAUAUAGUGUAGGAGCAUCUCUCAGUAAAGGUUGUAACCGUGCUAUUGGAACUCUGUCUGCUGGUGCAAUUGCUUUAGGGAUAGCAGAAGUAGCCAUUCAUGUUGGAGAAUUUAAAGAAGCAUUCAUUAUAGCUACUCUAUUUGUUGGAGGAUUUUGCGUGACUUAUGUUAAAUUAUACCCCAAGUUGAAACCUUAUGAGUAUGGGUUCAGGGUAUUCCUACUGACUUUUUGUUUAGUACUGGUGACUGGAAAUAAAACAUCAAACUUUCUGCGGACAGCAUACUUUCGGUUAUUACUUAUUGCAAUUGGGGCUGGCAUGGCUUCUCUCGUCAACAUCUGUAUUUUCCCUAUCUGGGCUGGUGAGGAUCUUCACAAGUUGGUUGUUAAAAAUUUCAAAGGUGUUGCUACUUCAUUGGAAGGCUGUGUUGAUGGUUACUUGCGUUGUGUAGCAUAUGAUAAAAUCCCUUCAAAAAUUCUUACAUACCAAGUUUAUGAUGAUCCUAUGUAUGGUGGUUACAGAGCAGCUCUCCAGUCUACAAGCCAAGAGGAAUCUUUGCUAGGUUUUGCGACAUGGGAGCCUCCACAUGGCCCUUACAAGUCAUUUAAUUAUCCAUGGGAAAACUAUGUUAAAGUCAGUGGUGCUCUGAGGCAUUGUGCUUUCAUGGUCAUGGCAAUGCAUGGAUGCAUUCUUUCAGAAAUACAGGCACCAGCAGAAAAAAGACAGGUUUUCGUUAAUGAACUUCGCAGGGUUGGUACUGCUGGGGCUAAACUAUUACGUGACCUUGGGAGCAAAGUUGAGAAAAUGGAGAAACUAAAUGAUAAUGAUAUACUGGCUGAAGUUCAUGUAGCAGCAGAGCAACUGCAAACAAGGAUAGAUGAAAAGUCUUAUCUUCUGGUUAGUUUUGAGUCUUGGGAGGAAGGAAAACGGCCCAAGGAAUUUGAAGAUCCUGAUCAUGUUGCCCAAAUGAAGGAUUGUGGUGGCAGUCAGCUUGUGAUAAAUUCCCUCAGUGUGCUUAGCAUCGAACCUGAGCAUACGCAAUCAAACAUUGAUAUCACAAAUUCAAAGAUUUCUAUGUUUGGUGGUGGAUCUUCAAUGCAAGGCUUGUGCUCCACUGACAGCAUGGCUGGCAGGACUCAUUGGCCUUCACGUAUUUCAAUUCUUCCUGACUUCACCAUCAAUGAAAAGGAAGCACAAACUUAUGAAAGCGCUAGUUCCUUGUCAUUAGCAACUUUUGCUUCUCUUUUGGUAGAAUUUGUUGCAAGGCUUGGAUACUUGGUGGAUGCAUUUGAGGAGCUUAGUGAGAGUGCACAUUUCAAGGAACCAACUGAACUUCCAGCUAAUAACGAGAGCACUGGUUUGUGGAAGAAGUUGGUUAUGUGCUUUCAGCUCAAAAAUUGAGGUCUGGGUUUGAUUGUGAAGAAUUCGCUGCCAGUCAUCUGUGUUUCCGAUGCAUCUUGGCUAGUUAAUCCACACUAUUAAUAUUCAAAGACUCUGGGUCUAUGGUACUCAUCUGCUCGAGUUAUGGAGUGAUGGACUUUUAACAGUGGUCAACUUACUAGUGAUUUAUUGAAGCAGCUGUUGAGAUUCUGCUAAUAACCAAAAGGACAACAGAAUGAAUAUUCAUUUACAUACUGAUGACAUAAGCCAUUUUUUGUAAGUAUUUCAGUGUGACCUUCAUGUGAAUUACAGAUGCAUAUAUAAAUGGUAAGCAGUACAAAAAUAAAGAAAAAUCGCAUUAUGUAGUACAAGUGAUAUUUUAUGCUCUACUUCGAGUUAUCUCCUCUAUAUUUGUUGAAGAAGAAUGGAUUCAGCAGCUAGAACAGAACAAUUCUGCUAGAUAAUUUGGGCCUUGGGGUCUUUAUUUUUGGAAUUUACAUCAACUUGAUUCUUUCAGACAUUUGUAACAUGUACAUUUAUUUUGGUCAUGAUGCUGUAUCAUUGACUCAAUACCUAUGUAUAAAUAAUAAGUAGCUAUCUUUGCAAUCUAUGUUGGGUCAUUCUUGUUCUAA